GGAUGGUGACAACUUGUUCUUGCGGGAAAGUGUUGCCUCAGCGCUCGGCGGUGUUGUGCUGACUGCAGGGCCUUCUCCUCUCUGACUCUCUUCUUCUACAAGGACGAUGUUCACCUGCAGACUGUUUCUUAUUGGACAGAAGAAGAAGAAGAUCAUCUGAACCAACCAAUCAUUCUCCAUCCCAACAUGACCGACGACCUCUACAGCAGCACCUUCUCCGCUUCUGAAUCAGACUUGUCCUCCUCCUCGUCCUCCUCGGCGUCCGCCUCCUUCCUCACCCUCGAGCAGAGGGCGGCCUUCGUCUUCGUCCUCAUCCUCUUCAUCUUCCUGGGCCUGCUGAUUGUCCGCUGUUUCCGGAUCCUUCUGGACCCGUACCGCAGCAUGCCGUCCUCCACCUGGACGGACUACAUGGAGAAGGACACGUUCGACUACCGGAUUUCCUGACAGGCAGCCUGAGAGGCAGCAACCCCGACAGUAAACAGUUAAACUGAGGCGACGAUCACGCUGACGAACCGAAGCACAAACACAAGCGCACAUUUCCCCGCAGAGAGAAACCAGACUAGUAAACGCUACGACGGGAAAUUAGUCCGAAACAAAAUCCAAAAUGACAGAUUGAGAGUUUGUUUACUGUGUGUCAGACGUGUGUCUACCUGAGCUCUAAGAAUAUCGUUUUUAAGGUUUUAGCAUCCAAAUAAAACUCUAAUAUUUCAGCUCUACCUGUAACCAGAAGACCCGAAUCAUUCAUUUGACAACUUAAGACUUGACUCAGGGCUGCAACUAACCAUUAUUUUCUCUAACAAUGGAUUGUUUGUUCUAUUAAAUGUCAGAAAACUGUGACGUCCAACACAGUGAAGACCAAGCUGACGUCU